GUUUCCCUCUCCGGCCUGACAUUGCCACCGGAGUUUCCUGCUCGAACCGACUGCGGCGCUGGCGAUCCUGACUAUUCACGGCGUCUGCAACUGAAAUAUUGUCUCUUCACUCCUGGCGAUGCAAACUCUUAGCUAAAUGGUUCGUUUUGUGUCCACUGUCAUAAUUCCUGAUACCGUCUUGGUUCGGAACCAGAGUACUCGGUUUUUGUUUCCGUGGGACGGCUUUCCCCGGACACCACCUGUUUAUGUGCAGACGCAUCUCGUCCCCUCACGGCGCUUCUGUGAGUGAUCCCACGUCUGCAAGUGUUUUCCGAGCUGGCCGCUAACUGCGGGAUUGCUAAUGUCGGCCUUUGAUGGGCGGAAAGGAUUUACUGAUUAAAAAUUGUGAUGGGGAGAGUCGAUCAUCGGAAGUGACGAAAGGCAGUUGUCUUCAAUAAUAUUGUUGCCAUGGAUAGGAGGUUGGAAAGUUUCCUUGUCCCUGUGACCUCUUCUGUAAAAAUUGGAAUUUUACUUCGUUGGACAUGUGUUUCGAAUCUUAAGUUCCUGUUGUAUGGCUGCUUUUGUCUGACCACAUUGAAUUCAUUUACUAGUGCAAGUAUGGAUAGCUGUAAGACCGUAGCAAGUCAUAGUGGGGUGUUUGUGGAAGUUGGACUGGAAAGCCCAUUUGUGGAACCAGUGGGGAAAACUGAUUCCAUUCACUCUUGUAGAGAUGCCUGCUGUCGGAAAUGCCACUGUAAUGCUGCAUGGCUGUUGGAGGGGAACUGCUAUCUUUUAGACUGCAGACUGCAAAGAAACUGUCAGCUAAACCGAACAGGCAGAUCUAACUCAAUUCUCAUGUUUAUUCAUAAACUUUCACCUUGUGGUGAUGUGCACAGUCCUAUGCCAAGAAUUUUAAAAGAAGAUUUUCAUUAUAAAGUUGAGCCUAGGACUUCAGAUCUGACCACAAUUGACAGAACUUCAGGUAAAGGCACAUUGUCUGAAUAUUCAUUGGUAGCAAAGCAAAAUAAUAUAUUCUCCAGAAUAAGACGUGAGGCAUCCAUACCAUUUAAUAGUCCUGCAAAGUUGCUGCGAAGUAAUGGUGGUGGUCCCUCUGAUGGCAACAGGAAUUUAAAUCCAUCUGGGCACACAGAACAGAAGAGCAAGAAGCAUUUAAAACCACAACAACAUUCAGACAAAGAUCUGCGAACCUCUCUGAAAAGCCUUAAAGAAAAUGACACUGUGAAUGAUCAAUUUCCAAAAUCUUCAGCACCCACUUCAAAUGGGAAAAACUUAAAGGAGAUACAGACUCUACCUCCUGAGGUCCCUGAAGGAACCUCUUUGCCAAACACUGCUUCUUUGGUUGUUCCUCCUAAUUCCAAUUUGUCAAGUCUAUCAGCCAAUCAGAAAUGGAUGCAAGUCAAUGCAACAAAUGACAGUAUAGUUGAGACACUGUUAGUUACCACCAUUCCAACUCCACUCCUGAACACGUUGUCAGCACAAGUGAAAACUACAGCGAUGGCACAAGAUGUAACUCCUCCUCCUCCUCCUCCGACAUCCAACACUUCAAGUGUAACUAAUGUUUCAGAAAAACCAGUGAUGAAAGAAUUGGUUGUUUCUGCUGGAGACAGUGUGGAGAUCACUCUGCCAAAGAAUGAGGUUGAACUGAAUGCAUAUGUGUUACCAGAAACAUCUAAAGGAUCGAGCUAUAAAUAUGAUUGGCAACUAAGCACCCACCCACAGGACUAUAUGGGACAGAUGGAGGGCCAACACUCAAAGACUCUGAAACUUUCCAGUCUCUCGAUUGGUUUCUACAUGUUUAAAGUAAUUGUUCAAGGGGACAAUGCAUAUGGAGAAGGAUCAGUGAAUGUUACUGUCAAACCAGCACCUCGUGUCAAUCAAUUUCCAGUGGCUAUUGUAUCUCCAAAAUUCCAAGAGAUCUCACUGCCUACAACAUCUACUUUUAUUGAUGGAAGCCAAAGUACUGAUGAUGAUAAAAUUGUAAGUUACCAAUGGGAGGAGGAGAAGGGUCCUUUGCGAGAAGAGAAAGUAUCUGCAAACACACCGAUCCUGAAACUGAUUAACUUGGUUCCAGGCAAUUACACAUUCAGUCUGACAGUGGUGGAUUCUGAUGGUGCCAGUAACUCAACCACAGCAGUUGUCACUGUGCAUAAAGCAGUAGACUAUCCACCUGUAGCCAAUGCUGGUGCGAAUCAAGUCCUCACACUACCCAAGAACUCCAUCAUGCUGUAUGGCAACCAAAGCACAGAUGACCAUGGAAUUGUCAGCUAUGAAUGGUCCCUAAGCCCAAAGAGUAAAGGCAAAGUUGUUGAAAUGCAGGGUGUACGAACAUCAUCUCUCCAACUGUCAGCAAUGCAGGAAGGUGACUACAUCUUUCAACUUACAGUCACAGAUUCAGCAGGGCACCAGGCCACCGCUGAGGUGAUGGUCAUAGUGCAACCAGAAAAUAAUAAACCUCCAGUGGCUGAUUCUGGACCUGAUAAAGAGCUGACCCUUCCUGUGGACAGCACGAUAUUGGAUGGCAGCAAAAGCACAGAUGAUCAGAAAAUUACAUCUUACCUGUGGGAAAAAACAAGUGGCCCUGACGGUGUGAAAAUCGAGAAUGCAGACAGUGCCAUUGCCACAGUAACAGGUCUUCAGGUUGGGUCAUAUGAGAUUACACUGACGGUGAAGGAUGAACGAAACCUGGAAAGCCAUGAUUCUGUCAGAAUCAUUGUGAGAGAGGAAGUCAAUAAGGCUCCAGUUGCUAAGAUAGCAGGCAAUGUUGUGAUCACCCUUCCUAAUAACACAGCUAUGCUUGAUGGAUCAAAAUCAUCCGAUGAUAAGGGAAUUGUCAGCUACCUUUGGACAAGAGAUGAGAGCAGUCCAGCAGCUGGAGAUGUGCUAAAUAACUCUGAUCACCAGCCUGUGCUUUUCCUGUCCAAUUUGGUUGAAGGAUUAUAUACAUUUUGUCUCAAAGUAACUGAUGCAAAGGGAGAAAAUCAUAUCGACAGGGCAACAUUAGAAGUGAGAUCUGAUCCUCGAAAGAAUGAUCUAGUAGAAAUUAUCCUGGAUGUCAGCGUCAGUCGGUUAACCGAGAGACAGAAGGGCAUGUUACUUCGGCAAAUAGCUGUCCUGCUUGGAGUCCUUGAUUCGGACAUUACUGUGCAAAAAAUUCAACUUUACACUGAACAGAGUACACAGAUUGUCUUUUGCGUGAGGAAUACACAAGCACAUCAGAUAUUGAAGGGACAGGAUGUUGCUCGGAUACUGAAGAAUAAAUUUCGGAAACAGAAAUCAGACUUCUUAGUUUUCCGGGCUCUCCAAGUUAAUACAGUCAUCUGUCAGUUGAGUUGUUCAGACCAUGGUCGGUGUGAUUCUUUCAAUAAGCGUUGUCUCUGUGAUCCAUUCUGGAUGGAGAACUUCAUUCGAGUUCAAUUGGGAGAUGGAGAAAGCAACUGCGAGUGGAGCGUGCUCUACGUUGUCAUAGCUGCAUUUGUCAUAUUGGUUGCCAUUGGAAUUUUAGUUUGGAUGGUCCUGUGCUUCUGUAAAAGGCGCAAAGGAAAACCUAGAAGGAAGAGCAGAUAUAAAAUACUAGAUGCUACAGAUGAUCAUGAAAGUCUGGAACUGAAGUCUAACUCCAAGCCAGUUGGCAGGCUGAAAGCUCCAGCACAGAACACCAGCCUAAUGGUUUCAGAAUCUGAACUUGACAGUGAUGAAGCGAUCUUCACCUGGCCAGACAGAGAGAAAGGGAAAUUACUGCGAAACCAGAAUGGAUCAAUCCACAAUGGCCAAAUAGUUGAAAAAACUAAGAAACAAAGGGAAGAAAUCCUAUAAGUGGAAUCUAGCCACCAGACUUGUAGAAACUAUAGAGCUAGGAUAGAAGCUGUCUCCCAGUAUUAUCUCUGCUCAGUAAAAUGAAGAUUGACCUGAAGCAAUAGUGACUGCUAUGCUGCAUGCAGUGUGUCAACCAUACCUGCAAAAUGAGUCAGUUCAGCAUUCUAAUGCUUAAACUGCUCAUCGUGUUUGAGAUUAACAGAAUCUGAUCUCUCAAUUGAAGGUGAGAAAAAGACUUGGGAGAGAUAUAAAUUGGCCAAAAACUGUGGCUGCACUCGAUACUUCAGCAAUUAACGAUCUGCAGGUUUGUGGUUUUGAUGCUCUCUAUCCAGUGAGACAUCUACUGGAAAUCUAUUGCACUGCAGCUUAAAAUUUUAAAGCCAAAAAUGUGAUGUGGGAACACACUGGAUGUCUUGUGAACUUUAAUCAUUACCCAACGCUUGGAUAUGACCACUUCCUUCAGUUCAGCAGUUGGAUAAAUAUGCUGAAGUCCAUGGAAAACUGAAUACUGUGAUGCUAAGCAUUGUCCUGGGAUUCUGGAAAUUUUAGUAUGAACUUCUACUAUUCUCUUUUUGAAGACUUGUAAUGCAGGUGAAGACAAAGGGAUUUAUUGUCUUCACUUGUUUUAGUGAGUUGACUGCAAUGCAGAAGUGUUGCACAUCUGACAAUGGCCCUGGGUUGUUUUAGGUUUGUAAAAAUAAUUAUCACUACUGUAUUUUUCUGUUAAUAUUGGGAAUGUGUUGGUUUUAUUAGUGUGAAGUGUUGACAGGGUGUUCUUAAUUUAUUCUUUUGAUGGGAAGGCACUAAUUUGCAAUGUUUAUUCCCUUCCAAUGAAUGUAGGUCUGUAUUUGCUGCUCACUUGUUUCUCCAUUUUCAAAAAAAAAUUGUCUUCCUUUUAAAUACACUGGCACUUGGGCUUCACAUCUUGAUACCGGUGAACGAUCCAAUUGGUGGUCAUUUAAAAUGGCAAAGGAAUAAUGUAAUGACCAAGGCAUGAGUAACAGUCCCCUAUUUAGUGCCUUCCAGGAAUAGAAAUAUUAUUUAACUGUCUUUUGAAAUAUAUCUGUUGUACACCAGCAAAACAAAUGCUGUGCUACUGAUAAUUAAAUAAAGAAAGGUUUUGAAGGAACUAUGUACCUUAAUUUAAAAUGGUAAAAAGUUGAAAACUUCGAUUACUGGAUCAAUUCUGGAUGAUACGUUCAAAAGAAACUUCUUUAAAAUUAUUUUAUUGAUUUGAUCUUUCAAUGUUGACAAGACUGCACUAUUAACUGAUUAUUAUUAUUAUUUAUCAAAAUUCAACACAGCAUUAUACUGUUACUUUAAAAUAUCAUUCGUCCAUUACUUGGAAUUGCUAUAAGUAAAUAUUCUAACAGUUCUUUCCAUUAUAAUGCACACUACAAUGAUUCCUGUCAGAAGAAUAAUGUAAAUUGGAUUGCUGCUUAAAUAGGAGUGACUUUUUAGAAAAAAAAUGUGAUAUCGUCAGAAUGAGCUCAUCGGGCAUGUUUGUUGAUUUUUCAAAUGGUUUCCCAAUUUCGAGUAUCUAUUCUCUAAGCUGCUCCAUUUAUUUAAAAAGAGAUGGUAUGGGUCCAUGUUGGACUACAGAAGAAAUAUAAUGAGUUACGUGCUGCUGAGCCAUCCAUGAAGAUCCCAGUUCUUGGUGUGUGUGUGUGUGCUACUGAAAUCUUCCCUGUAAUUUCCUCUGAGAAGGGACCAGCUAUCCAGACAUUUCUGCUGGAAAAACCCAUCUAUUGGUUAGACUGAUAACUCUAACUUAUGUAGUCUGCUUAUGCAUAACAAAAAAGCAACACGAAUAAGGUACCAAAAAGGCUGUUGGCAUCAAUUUAAUUGUGUUGCAACAUGGUUAAUUGAUUUCCAGAGAUAAUCCAUGCACAGAGAAACCUACUGUUGCCUAUCUAUCUAUGAAUGUUGAGUAGAAAAGGAGAAGGCCUAGAAAUAAUGUUUAAGAAGGAAAGAACUUGUGAUUUUGAUGUCCAAAAGUACUUAGUGUCCAAUGAAAAGGUUUUCAAGUACAGAAACUGUUGUAAUAUGGGGAAGCAUGCCCGCCAGUUAUACAUAGUGAUGUGCCACAAACCAUGAAAUAAAUUAUCUUUCUUUUCCCAAAGUAGUUUGAGAGAUCAGGUGGACUUUGGUUUAACAAUGUACCUAAAAGAUGGCAUCCCUGACAGCACUCAGCAGUGUAUCGGUAUAUGUCAGGGUCAAUUCUGUGCUCAUGUCUCGAGCCAAGGUUGGUAACAUACGUCCAGUUGUACAAAUUUAUCUUGGUGGUUCUUUUUGUUUUGAAACACGUUUGUACUUGGACUUGGCACACAGCUGAGCAAACUAUCCAAGAAAUAGCUAAGAAUAUGAUUCAUAUGUAAUUAUCUUUAAUUGAUCAUACUUAGAGCGGUAUAGAAUCCAUAGUUUUUUCAAUUCAUCCUCUACAAAGUUCUUAUAAAUUGCUUUUCCCCAGGUUUCAUUGGUGUUUGGAUUGACAAUGUUUCAUACAAAGGAUGAAAGAUCCAUUCUUUUUGAUUAAACCAAGGUGACCAUAAGUCAAAAUUGCAUAAUAUUCUUCCAUUCAUUUGUCCAUCUUCCAACAAAUACAGGAUUUUCAGACGAAUAGAUUUAAUUUAUAAUGUAAUAAUUUUACAUUAUUAGUACUUAUAGUUUAGAUAUUUCAAAACUUCACAUGGAAGUAAAGGCUUGCGUCUUCUACCUGAUGAGGGUAAUGAGGUAAUCAUGAGGUAAUCAUCUUAAAUGCACUGCUUUUGAACCCAGGUACAAAAAAGUAAACUUUCACCAAAAGAGUAACAUUUGGAGAUUAACCAUUCAUUUAUUAAAGCUAGAUAAUGACCUUGGAAGAUGCAAGCAUUGAAUAUGUUUACAGUUAUGGGGAAUGACAACAAUUGUAUCGUUCACCUUUUCUUGCAUAACAUACACUGUAUUGAAAUGUUACACUAUGCACCAGCAUUUGUCACUGUGGAGAAUUUUAAUAGAGCUCGUGUGUUUUUGUUAACUUUGAAGUACAAGUCCUGCUUUUAAAAGUAAGUGGAUGGUUCCUGGUAAUAAGCAGCUGAUCAGUUGAAGUAAGGAUUUUAAAACUUUGACAGUUUGCUUAUUUUGUUUGAAGUUUUGUCAAUGUCUAAAAUUUAUUUUUUAAAGAGAGCUAAAUGUGUUUAUUUUAAUGUUUAAAAGGUUGACUCCUUCAUUGACACAUUGUUUAAUAGCCAGGUGUCCAAGAAAGUCUGAUUGAUGUGACAUUGUAUAAUAUGGGGAAAUAACACCGGAGUAAGGACUUUCUUUCCAUUAAAAUGGCAUCUCAGUGCAUUUUCAUUAA